GCCACCCUCCCACGCCCCGAGCUGGGCUCCGUCCCUUACGGCCAGAUCAUUACCUCGUGCAGCGUGCCUGGGACGGUGGCACUCACUUUUGACGACGGGCCCUGGCGGUACACGUCGGACCUCCUAGACCUCCUGGAGCGCGAGGAGGCCCGCGCCACCUUCUUUGUGUGCGGCGGGAACAUGGCGGACGCCCAGCUGACGGGGUACGGCCACCCGCGCCUCCUGCGGCGGAUGCUCGCUGCGGGCCACCAAGUUGGCAGCCACACUUGGGCGCACCCGGAUCUGGCGACCACUGGGGAACGUGAGGCACGCCGCCAGAUGUGGCGCAAUGAGCAGGCUCUGGUCGGUAUCCUGGGCCUGCUGCCCACGUACUUCCGCCCGCCGUACCUGUCGUGGGCACCGGAGACGCUGGACCUUAUGGCGGUGCUGGGAUACCACGUUGUCAGCCUGGACGUCGACACGCGCGACUGGGAGGGCGACUACGACGCUGCGCGGCGCAACUUCGAGACGGCACUGGAGGGGCUCGACCCGGACUCGUCCAGUAGGCUGGUGUUGGCCCACGAUAUACACGAGAGGACCGUGUACGAGCUUGCCGAGUUCAUGAUCACCGAGGCCAGGGAGAAGGGGUACGACCUGGUCACCGUUGGGGAGUGCCUGGGCGAUGAGAGGAAGAACUGGUACCGG